AAUCAAGCAAGUACCAAGCAUGGAUGAUAAUCGAAGUAUUAUUUAGGGAUACAUGGCUGAGCCCCUUUACUGUGUUGGGGACCUUGUUUGCGGUGUUCCCCAAAGGCUUGGAUAUUUCUGGCCUGCACAAGUAGCAGAUUUAAGCCAUGCACCUUUGGAGGUGCGAGCGGAGCUUGGGGCGGCCCUUGGGAGGGGCACCAUCCUCUUGCGAUACCUCGCUGCCACUACAAUCCCCGAAUUUUCCACCUGCGAUACGUCAACGGUUGUGCGAGUGGUUAAUGAGGAUGAGCUUUCUGCGCUGGUCGUGCCUAAUACUGGCAAAAAUCGCAAACCCAUGCUCCGAGCCAUCGACCAAAUGCGGCGACUGCUGCAGCAGCGCCUGUCGGGGACCCAUAAGCACCUGGACCUGGCUGACAUACGUACCUGGCCAGCCGACCUGCGUAACCGGGCACUGCUGCCUCCCUUAGACCCUGCUACUGCCGCGGACUGUGCAGCUGUGUCCAGCCAGGCAGCGCUGCGCAGCCUGAGGGCAGCAGCACGGAGUCCGGGGGGGUCCUUGAAGGAUGCGCAGGACCCGGCAUGGUGCCGGCUGGUGUGCAGCCGGGCAGCGUCCCUGGGGCGGGAUCGCCUGGACUUCCUGACACCACAUGCAGCCGGCGGCAGCGGCGCGGCCCAGCAAGCAUCACCGCCACCGCCAGCAACAGCAACAGCUUCUGCUAAAGCGGAAGCGGCGGCAGCAGCAGCAGAGGCGGCGGCGGCUGCGGGCGGCAGUCUGGAUAGGGCGGCAGGGGUGCUGGGACCCGGGGCUGGCGGAACCGCACCGGAGAAGCCAAUACCUGCAGCGGACGGGCCCUCCCGUGUUGGAAAGGAGCGCAUGGAGCCGACCGAGUUCGAUACAGCCCAUGAAGCAGCAGCAGCAGCAGCGCGGAUGGAUGUGCUUACAGCAGCGCAAGCAGCCCCUGCUGCUACUGCGGACAUGGAUGUCGACGCCGACGGGGGCGGCUUGACAUCGGUGCCGAGGUUGGAGCGCGCCCAGCCUCAGGUUCAGCCUCAUGCAGCUCACGGGGCAUCUGCUGAAGAGGCGGCUCCUGGUGAAGGCGGCCGCCGGGUGCAGGGGCCGGAGCCGGAGCCGGAGCACCCCCUACAUUCUGUUAUAGCGUGGUUAAGGACGGCCGCUCGCGACGCAUGCCGUGUUGAUCCAGACUCCCCCCUAGGCGACAUCCUGCUCAGCUACAGAGACCACCGGCCGCCAAACCCGGCCGCACCACCAUCCCUGCCCGCUCCCGUGCUGCCUGUCCUAGGGGCGGCUGGCGGCCUCUCCGCCGCUGCCGCCGCCGGCCCCAGUAUGGCAGCCGUACCCCCUACCGCUUGCCGUACGACUGCAGCUCCCCAGCAAGACCUUGCUGCUGCCCCGGAACCGGCUAAGAAACGUCGCCGUGUGACGGCACCGCUUCCAAGCGAGCUGCUCGCAGCAACCAGCGGCGGUCUGUCUACCGCUGCUGCUGCUGCGGCGGCUGAGGAGCGGGACCGCCGACGGAGCGCUGGCAGCCGGCAGCAGCAAUGGCGCCAAGGGGCCGUACCUCAGCCUCGCAAAGAGGUUAAAAAGGUACCGGCGGCAACGGCACCGCGGACGCUCGCCUUCACAGGGCCUGCUGCGGCACCGCUGUUGCGGCCGCUGACACUGGCGUUGCCACCGUUGCAGAGUGAGCUAGGAACGGCGCCGGAUGUCGCGGCCGCAGCUUCCGGCGGUCUAAAGCCAGGGUUGCAGCAGCAGCAGCUGGAUGUUGGGGCGUUGAGGGCCGGAGACAGCCGCCGCGACGAACAGGACGCAUUGUUGGCGGGUGGGAUACGCCCUUGCGACCGUGACGGCAGCGGCGCAGGGCGUGAGGAGGUCGUUGCGGAGGCGACGGCGGAGGAGGGUGCUGAUGAUGACGGCGUUACGACCGUCGCCAUGGGUGUUGUGGAAGGCGGACAGCCGCUGAUCGGGCCGCUCGGCUUGCGAGACGGGAGGUGUGGAGGCGGAGGCGCGGCGGGCGGGGCGGGCGGUCCCGUUGCAGCUGGCAGUGGCAAUUAUGAGUUGGCGCGGCAAGCAAGGGAGCUUGCAUCGCGGCAUGUGGCAGCUCAGCCCGCUGGAGGUUCUGUGGGAGAGGCAGCGGCGGCUGUGAUGGAGGACGUUGGCUGGGUUGCGGCUGCAGCGGCUGCGGCAGGGAGGGCGCUUUGUGAGGCGGAAGGUAAAGCAGCUGCAGCGGUCUCGGGCGGGCGGGAAACGACCCCAGCCACUGGCGAGGAUGCGGGAACAGGGGCAGCAGCAGCAGCAGCAUCAGGACAUGCGGGGGCAAGAGCGAUGGACCUUCCAGCGGAAGCUGAAACGUCCGCGGCAGCAGCGGCACCAGCAGCAGCAACGGCAGCAGCAGAGGCUGCGGAGGUUCAAAUGCCGGAGCCGCAACCGUCCCUGUGGCCGGUUGUAGCAUGGCUUCGUACAGCGGCACGUGACGCGUGCAGUGUUGAGCAGGACUCCCCUCUGGGCGACAUCCUGCUCAGCUACAGAGACCACCGGCCGCCAAACCCGGCCGCACCACCAUCCCUGCCCGCUCCCGUGCUGCCUGUCCAAGGGGCGGCUGGCGGCCCCUCCGCCGCCGCCGCCGCCGGCCCCAGUACGGCAGCGGGGUCUGUCCGCCGCCGUGCAUCCGAGAUACCGAUAGUACGACAGCCAGGGGCGCAGCAGGAUGUGCAUGGGAAGAAGGAGGUGAAGAAACGCCGCCGUGUUCAGUUUUCCGUUCCCGGCGAGGCGCCCACCACCGCGGCUGCGGACGGCAAGGGGCCUACUGCUGCUGCUGCCGCCACCAAGGUUCAACGCACCAGCAAUGCGGAGAGGGAAGCGGUGACGAGACCGGAAGCGAAGGAGGAGGAAGGUGAUGAUGGUGAUGUGACGACCAUUGCACGCUUUGCCAGGGGCUCGGCUCGGCGGCUGCAUGCGGCCGCCCCAGGAGGCGUUUACGUCAGCGCGGGUGUGAUCAGGGAGAGCAGCCCGGCAGAAGCUGUGCAGGAAGAGGAGCAGCAUGAGCAGGACAGGGGUGUCGGCGGAAUGCCGGAGGAGCAGCGGGACAGGGGUGGCUGUGGGCCGGAGCCGCUGCAAGAGGCGUCACCGUUGGCAGCGUCUGACGCGGCUGCUCAAGGCGAAGAAGCCUUCCGAGGCGAAGAAGCCUCCCGUGGCGAAGGGCUCCCUUACGCCGCAGAGCAGGCACCACCUGCAGCAGCAGAGGAGGCAGCAGCGGAGGCGGAGGCAGCAGCGGAGGCACCGUCAGCAGCGGAGGCAGCAGCGAAGGCAGAGGCGCUCUCAGCAACAGAAGCGGAGGCGGAGGAGGAAGGAGCUCCGACGGAGAUGCAUGACGGGGUCCCAGCAACACGUAGUACGGAUGCGAUAGCCGAACCACGAACCUCGCCUACUCCUGCGCUGCCCCAAAUGUUGGCCGGCCCUUCCGCCGCCGCCGCCGUAGGGCCCAGUACGGCAGCCGGACCUCACUGCAGUGCUGUACAACAGCCAGGGACGCAGCCGGACGUGCGUAAGAAGAAGAAAAAGAAACGACGCCAUGUUCCGCCCUCCCUUCCCGGUGAGGCGUCUACCACCGGGGCUGCAGACGGCACCGUUGCUGCUGCUGCUGCCGCCACCAAGAUUCAACGCAGCGGUCAUGCGGAGAGGGAAGCGGUGGCAAGGCCGGAAGAGGAGAAGGAGGAGGAAGGUAAUGAUGGUGAUGUGACGACCAUCGCCCGCCUUGCCAAAGGGAGCAAGUCCGGGUCUCGGAGGAGUCUGGGUGCGGCCGCCCCAGGAGGCGUUUAUGUCAGUGCUGGCGUCAUCAGGGAGAGCAGCCCGGCAGUAGCUGCGCAGGACGAAGAGCAGCACGAGCAGGACAGGGGUGGCGGUGGGACGGAGCCGCUGCAAGAGGCGCCACCACUGGUAGCGCCUGACGCGGCUGCCCAAGGCGAGGAAGCCUUCCGUGGCGAGGGGCUCCCUGACGCCGCAGCGGAGUCACCCUCAGCAGUGGAGGCGGAGGCAGCAGCGGAGGCGCCCUCAGCAGCAGCAGCAGAGGCAGCAGCAGAGGCGGAGGAGGGGGCAGCUCCGGCGGAGAUGCAUGACGGGGUCCCAGCAACACGUAGUACGGAUGCGAUAGCCGCACCACCAACAUUGCCUACUCCUGCACUGCCUCAAAUGUUGGCCGGCCCUUCCACCGCCGCCGCCGUAGGGCCCAGUACGGCAGCCGGGCCCCACCGCAGUGCAGUUCAGCAGCCAGAGACGCAGCCGGAUGUGCGUAAGAAGAAGAAGAAGAAGCGCCGUCAUGUUACGGUUUCCGUUCCCGGCGACAAGCCCACCACCGCGGCUGCGGACGGCAAGGGGCCUGCUGCUGCCGCCACCAAGCAUGAACGCAGCGGUAAUGCAGAGAGGGAGGUGUUGGCAGGGCCGGAGCUGGAGGGGGAGGAAGGUGAUGGUGGAGAUAUGACGACCAUUGCACGCUUUGCCAGAGGGAGCAAGUCCGGGGCUCGGAGGAGUCUGGGUUUGGCCGGCCCAGGCGUCUACGUCAGCGCUGGUGUCAUCAGGGAGAGCAGCCCGGCAGCGGAGGCGCCCCCAGCAGCGCAGGCACCUUCAGCAGCAGCAGCGGAGGCGGAGGUGCUCUCAGCAGACAUGACGGCAGCUGCGGCCUCAGCGGAAGGCCCAGCAGCAGCAGCGGAGGCGGGGGAUGAUGAUGAUGAGGGAGCUCCGGCGAUGGUGCAUGAGGAGGCCCCAGCGGCAGCAACCCGUAGUGCGGAUGCGAUGGAAGCGACAGAGGAAGCCCUGGAGGCGGGAGCAUCAGCGUUGACAGGGUUGGCGGAGGCCCCAGCCGCAGAGGAAGUGCGGGGAGCAGCGGCAGCUGCCGAGGAGGGGGGCCCAGCCCCAGCUGUCGAGCAGAUGCUUGGCUCCAACGCAAUGCAGGUGGCGGAGACACCGGAAGCGGCGGCGGGUGCGGAAGCGGCCUUCGCCUUCGCCGCCGCAGCAGCAGCAGCGGAGAAGGUCGAGGCAGCAGUGCCGGUCGCAGCGGAGGUGCCGACAGCAGCAGCAGCGCACGAUGAGGCGGUUGAGGCGGCAGAGGCAGCCGAAACGGAAGAGGCAGCGGUGGCAGCAGACGGCUCAGCGGCCGGGGAGGCGGUGGAGGAAGCCCCAGCGGCAGGUGAGGCUGAGGCAUCUGCGGAAGCGGCGGAUGCCGAUGUCUCAGUUGCUGGGGAGGCGGAGGAGGUACACGCAACGGAACUCCCAACGGCUUCGGAGGUAGCGGCACCCACCGGGGAACAAGAGGCUGCUUGGGCUGGGGCAGGGGAGGCGGGGGCAGUAGCGGCAGCAGGGAUGGACAUGGAGGAGAUGGCUGCAGGGGCGGAAGCAUUGGUGGCAGCGACGUCUGAGGCGGAGGCCUUGGUGGCCGCGAUGGCUAAGGCGCCGGCAGCGGUCGCAGCGGAGGUACUAGCAGCAGCAGCAGCAGCAGCAGCGGGUGCGGAGGUACCUACGACAUCGGAGGUAGGGGCUGCGCUCCUCACUGCGGAAGCGGCGGCACUUGCCAUUCCAGAACAGGAGACCGCGGCACAGGCAGGGGGGGAACCGUCUGCAUCGGGGGAAGCGGGAGGGACAGAAGCACCGUUUGAAGCAGCAGAGGUUGCGGCGGCUAAGGCAGAAGUGACGGAGGCGGCAGCAGAAGCAGAGGCGCCGAUGCCAGCGGAAUCCGAGGAGGCAUUAGAGGUGUACGCGCUCAUACCAGCUGAGGAGGAGGAGGAGGAUGAGGGGGCAGCAGCCGAAGCAGACGGAGCUGAGGGGUCUGCUGGGCUGGCGGGCACUGCAGAGCUUGCAGCAGAAGGGCAGCAGACGGUAAUAAGGAGGGAGGCGGAGGGAGCAGGAAUCAGUGCAGAGGAGCAGGAUGCAAGGGAGCCUGCGGCUGACACCUUGGAGCAAGCCGCAGCCGACCAGGCAGCAGUGGGCGGCGAGGUCUCUGAGCUGCUUGUCCUCCCGGCGGGAGCGGGCGUUGAAGCCGGGGUUACAGGGACCGCGGCUGCUUCGGCUGAGGCGCCUGUUGGAGUUGAAGGAGAAGAGACGGCAGGAACCCUAGCGCUAACAGCCGCAGCAGCACCUGCAGCAGCACCUGCAGAAGCGACAUCAACCAUGACAGAGGAGGCCGGAGCGGAGGAGCCGAUCUCUGCCCAGGCAAUGAGCACCCCUGCUCCUGCACACGCUACGACACUUACUGAUACCGGCAGUGCUGCUGCUGCCGCCGCUCCUGCUGCCGCUCCUGCUGCUGCUGUGCCAAGCAAGGGCGCUGCUGAUGCUGCUCAAACGGAGGCAGGUCACCACAAGCAGCCCGGUCCCUCAGGUUUCGAAACCACCACCACCAUAUCCCAGCAGCAGCUUCCCAUGCGGACCGGAACCCCUCCUCCCCCACCACAGCAGCAGCAGCCAGGAAGCAGGGGAAGCUCCGGUAGCAGCUCCCUUCGCAGCCGAUGGCUGGUGCCGCCACCCACGAAACCGCCGCCAUCGUUGCCGCCGCGGCAGCCGACUCCAGUGGCUGGGGAGGUCACAGGCGUUCCCGUCGCGCAGGCGCAGGCUGAAAAAGCUGCUAGGUCAGCCCUGCGUGUGGCGACGGAGGAGGCCGUGGCAGCUGCGGCUGCUGCUGCGGCGGCGGCAAGGGCAGGAAAACCCGUCGGCGCCGCUGCUGCUGCCGCUGCUGUCCCUGAUUCUACCCCUGAUGCCGGCGCCAGUACCGACGGUCCUCCCGGCAGCGCUCCCCAUGCGGCUGCUCCUGCUGCUGCCGGUACUGCUGCUGCCGCUCCUGGAACAGUGGCGGUGGUCACAGCUCCAGAACUAGCUCCCUCAGCCGCACCCCACGACAUUACCUCCGCCGCUGCCGCUGCCCCCACGGCUCCAAGCCGUCCUGACCCCCAGCCAGCACUCGCCGCUGCCGCACCGCACUGGCACAUUGCUCCCGGGGCGGCCGCUGCCGUACGACAAGGCAAGCACCCGUACUGGGGCGGCAAGCUGGCUACGGGCGGGUUUCGGGGUGUCGUACAGUUCCUUCGGCAGCUAGCGCAGGACCCGCUGGCAGCGGCCAGCCAGCCGGCUGCCCACCGCAGCGGGACGCUGAAGCGAGCGGCGCUGCUGAGGGCACGUGAGCUGUGUUACGCGCAGAGCCACCUAGCACAGCACGGCCAGCUGUGCCGGCUGUGCACCUCAACCCUCAAGACAGCAGACGCAUGGAACCCCCCGCCGCUGUCGGGCACCGCUGCAGCUGCAGCACCGCCCCCGCGGCAAGGUCUGCAGCACCCGCAACCCGCAGCAGCGCUGCCGCUUCCGCCGAAACCCAAGCAACACCAGGACAAGCUGCAGCCCCAGGCUCGGCAACAGAGCAGCAGCCAGGAGGCUAAGCUGCGUACAGGAGCAGGGAAGGCAGAUGGGGAAGGAGCAGCCACCCAAGCAAUCACCCAAGCAACUGGUAGGAAGGGCGGUCUCCUGCUUCCAGGUGACGGCGCAGCAGUCAAGCCACUUCCAAGCGGCUCGGCGGCCGCCGCCGGCAUCUCGGCCCGACAGGCUGCCGUACCAGGCCCCGACGGCGGUCCUCCUGUGACGGCGGCGGCAGCGUUGACGUCACGGCCAGCCGCAGCCAAGACCUCAGUCGACGAUGGGCUGGAUUUAGGCGCACUGGAGCAGCCGUUACGUCGCCUGGUUAACCUUACCGGCCGGAGCAGCACAGCAGCAGGAACGGGGGAUGGCGCUAGCACCGCUGCCGGGGGCAGCGGAACGGCGGUGCCAACGGCGCGUCCGCGCGCUGGCACCGUCAGCGGCGGCGGCGGUUUUAAUCCAACGGCGUUGGUAGAUCUAAGGUCCGUGACGGCUCGGCAGCCGGCGGCGGCUCGGCAGCCGGCGGCGGCGGCUACUGCGGCCGGGAGGGCUAGUGGUGGCGGUGGUGCUGCUGCUGUCAUGGGGUCUGGUCCCGGUGUCCCUCCAGGAGCAGGAGGGCUGGCGCCGGGUGUGCCCCGACCUGCGCACAAGCAGCAGCAGCAGGAGCCGCAACGGGGUCGAGGCGGCGGCAACCGACUGAACAUCUGGUUCGGCAAGGGAGUCGCUAUGCCGACUGAGAGCACCUUUGAGGCGCUGGUUGAGGGCUUCACCGCCGACCCUGCUGCCAGGCCGCUGCUGAAAGUGGACUACACGCCGGGUCGCCGGGUGGCCUCGUUGACCUUCCCGCGAGCUGGCGACGCGCAAAGGCUGGAAGCACGGCUGCGGUACGAAGGACCGCGACUGUUGAAGGCGUCCUACAUGUACGGUUUUCAGAUGACAAUCACUCACUCGGACGCCGACGUUGAACCGCAACCGCCGUUUCCACCCCCGCCGCCGCCGCAUGUCACUGCACCUCCAUCCUCCGCCGGCACCCACCCCCGGGGACCGCCUGAGGCCCCCCCAGCACAACGCCCUCCCUCAUUUCCCACUCAGCCUUCGCACAUGGCCCAUGACACCGCAGCAAGGAAGAUCACACCCAGCAUCACCAGCGGAGGCAUUGGCAGCGCUUCAGCAGCCGGAGUCGUGAGGUUGCCGCCUCGGCCGGCGCCCAUGAGAACCAGUCUUCCGGCCGCAGGAGGCUCCCAUGCUGCUGCUGCAGGAGGCGGCGCCGCGGCUGCGUUGGGACAUCGCCAGGCGGCUUCCGUACACCCUCCACCGGUGCCCUCAGCCGCCGGUCCGCAACGAGGCGUGGGGUAUGUCCCAAUUGACCCACGGGUCCGUCGCGCUCAUGCGGGGCCAGGUGGGCCGGAAGGACUCCCACUGACGAGCGGCGCUGGCGCAGUAGCUUUGGCCCCCGCGGGUCCCGUGGUAACGGCAACGAAGGCCGCGGACGGCACUGCCGCACCUCCACCGCCUCCACCGCCGCCGCAGCCUGAACCAGCAGAGGACUUGCUAACACAGCCCUGGCUUGGAGGCGGCCUCUACUCUCCCACACGGCCCCUGCCGAUUUCAGUGCUGUACUCACCCACUCGUGCAGAGGAAGAGCAGUGGCAGGAACGGCCGGAGCAGGCCCCACCGCAGCAGCAGGACAUGGUAGCACCACCGCCGCCGCCGCCGUCGGCUGCUGCUGCUACCGCAUCCGAGCACACGCCGCCUCAAUCAAGCAAUGCGGCUCUGCCGGGGCUGCCACCGCUGCCCGGACCACCACCUCCGUCAGGUUACCUGGCACCCGCCGCUGCCGUCCAACGGCCCAUGCCGUCUCCUGAAGUCCUACUGCCGCCGCCGCCGCCCAGGCACGCUGCACCUGGAGAUCAGGCCGCAGCCCCAGGCCGUGGCGGCAGCGGUGCCGGCCGCGGCGGUAGCGGCGGCGCAGGCACAGUGCUGCCUCUUCAUCUCCGCCCUGUUUACCCCAACCGGCAACAAGCUCCCCAGCAGCAGCAGCAAGCACGGGAAGGCGGCGCCCCAGCGGGGCCUCCCGAACCCUCCCGGGACGUGGCGAGUGGGAAGCCGCAGCCGAAGCCGGAGCCAGAGCAUGCAGGUGGACGGGCCAGGGAGGGGCAACCGGGUGCGGCGGGCGCGCCGCAUAGAGGCCGCCCCGGCGGUAGCAGUGGCGGAGGUAGCUCCGAAGACAGAGGGUCCCGUGAGGGUCAUGACAAGGGGUCCGGCGGAGGCGGAGGCCCCAGCGUAGGCGGCCAGGGUGUCGUUGGACGAGGCGACGGCAGGGACCGUCAGCAUGGCAGCAGCGGCAGGCACAGCCGGUCACGUUCCCGUACACGUUCUCCUCCUCGGCCGCGGUCUCCAACGGCGGCGGCGGCGCGUCGGGAUCGCGGUGAGCGCGGCGGCGGCGGCGGCGUUGACGUCAAAUCGAAGGUGUCGCGCGCCGCUGACCGUUACGGCGACCGCGACCGCGAUGGGGAACGUUAUCGAGCGGAAAGAGAAAGGGAACGGAACCGAGAAAGAGAGAAGGAGCAGGGGCGGGAGAAAGACAGGGAAGGGGACAGGCAGCGGCCGCAGGGCCCGGCAAGCGACUUGCGGCCGGGGCUGACUUCUCCGAGCACCGUUGAGGGGGGCACUCGCGACCGUGACCGUGACCGUGACCGUGACCGUGACCGUGACCGUGACCGUGACCGUGACCGUGACCGUGACCGUGACCGUGACCGUGACCGUGACCGUGACCGUGAGAGGGAAAAGCAUCGGGAGCAUGGGCGGGAGCGUGACCGGGAGCGGGAGCGGCCCGGUGACAGCAGGGACAACAACAACCAGUAUCGCGAUAAGGAGCGGGACAGGGAGCGGGACAGGGACGCGCGUUACCGCAGCAGCAGCAGAGACAAGGAGAGUGACGCGAGGCGGAAGGGCACCGGUUCCCCAAGGGGCACUGAAGGCGGGGGUCGCCGGCCGCGGUCGCCGCAGCGCUCAUCCGCCCGUCGGUCUCACUCGCCACACAAACGGAGGUCGCGGUCAAGGUCAAGGUCGCCUGCAGACGCCACCGCUGCCUCCCGAGAACGUCGCUCCCACAACGACAGCGCGCAGUUGGACAGCCGCGCCGCCACCGCCACCGCCUCCGAGCCGUACCGCAGUCGCUCGAACUCCGUCGAGUGGCGCGAGAGCGGCAGCCACGGCGGCACCGCUUCGGCGGCGACUGCGGGCGCGGCGGGCACUGCGGGCGCUGCCUCCAUGACGAGCGGGCUGACUGCUGCUGCGACGCUCCUGCACCUGCCGCCUACCGGGGUGCUUCCGUUCGCCCCACCGGUGGCGGGAGAGCCUUAUGUGCUGCUGCAGGUGCCGGUCAGCGCGCUGCAUCAGGGUUUGCUGCCACCCGGUGCCAGGCUCGCGGCAGCUCCCAUGCCGGCCGCAAGUGGGGUGCUGCCUGCAACUGCGACUGCAGCCACAACUGGAACCGGAAGCGUACCGCCUCUUCCCUCCGACGCUUCUGCUUCUGCUACUGCUACUGCUGCUACUGCUGCUACUGCUGCUACUGCUGCUGCUGCGCCGCUUGCACCCACCUCCAUGUCUUCCCUCCCCAAUCAGCUCCCGCAGCCCAUGUCGGCCGUCGUACCUGCCUUAAUCCACAACAGCCACUCGCCCGCAGCGUCGCUGCCGCCACCACCACAGCACGGUGACAGUGUUGAAGGGAGCGGCACGGCCCCAGCCAGCACUGCUGCACUGAUGAUGGUGGGGUCUGUGGCAGUGACACCGCCGGCGCUACCGGUGCUGGGCGGUGUUUCUUCUGCUUGUGGUGUCAUGCAGGCGCUUGACUCAUGGAUGUUGCCCCAGCAGCAGCAGGAGCAACCCCUGCAGCAGCAGGAGCAGUCCCUGCGUUCUGGCUUGGAGGCGCAGCCGGGGGCGUUGCAGCACCAGCCGCCGCUGCAGCCUGCGCCCGAGGGGAGGUUGUAUGAGGUGGAGGAUGAUGGGGAGCCCACCGAUGAGGGCGACCAUGAUAUGGAUUGGGAGGUUCCACGGGGUGUGGUGACUGCGGCGGUCGGGGGAGUUCAGCAGGGGGUAGCGAAGGGCGCUGCCGCUGCUGCUGCUCCAGCCGCUGCUGCCGCCUCUGCCCCAGCUGCUGCCACCGCUAUUGCUGCCGCCCCAGCUGCUGCCGCCCCAGCCGCCAACCCUCCGGUUGCCUCCACCUUGCUGGAAGCGUUGCAAGGUCUCGACCCGGAGCUGCAGCAGGUGCUGAGUCAUACGCUAUCAGGCUUGGGCGGCGGCUUGGGGGGCGCCGGUGGGGCGUGAAGAGUGGAUGGGAGUGAGGAGACGGUGUGAGGGGGUGGUGUUGCAGGGCUGUAGGAAAGGCCUUGGAUGUGGUUGGUUGGUGUACCGUUGAUCUCUUGUUGUGUUUGAGGGGUUGAUGAUAAGACCUGAGCGUUGACACCUGUCAGGAUGUCAGGAUGUUUUAUGAUAUUGUUUUGGUGCUUUUGUCCCUGUUGUGUUGGCAUGGAUGCUGCAGGGGAGGCUGAUUAUGAGGUUUUGUUGCUUGUCCCUGUUGACUCAAGCACAACGUAUAACUGCUUGUGUUUUGGAGAGCUCUAAGCCCCGUGGUUUGUUGCUGCCUCUUGAAUAGCUCAAUGUUGCAAUGUGGACAGCUUGCCUUGUUAGGCAUCGCGUGCAAUAGCACUAGGUAGGAGUUUCGGCUGGGCUAGAGGCAUCAGCCAAUUGCAUGCAGCCCUAAAGCGGUUGUUUGCCCUGCAGCUGUCAUUUGUGCAGCCCUGGCCAGCAUUGCAGGAGAGUUGAUACGGUACGGAAUUACUAGUUUGUCAAACAACUUCUUCGCCUUGCAGUUGAUGCGAUGUUGCUUACAGGAGUUGGGGUUCCCCCUAAAUGACGACUUUGCUGGAGGGCCAAUAUGAGCUAGCAUCUUGGUUGAUGAGGGUUAAUGUAGGCAAAGGCAGGGCCUUCUGCUUUGCAGGUAUGAAAUAACAGCACUCAGGACGAUUGGCAGUUCCUCGUAACUUGCUCCCCAGGUCACGUUGGCGUCAUCAAACUUGUUGAUUUGCCGUAUUUUCGUACCGUUCGUUGUACGAGGACGAACACGUUGAAUGCUUGCCGCUUGUAGCGUUUCAGAAAGGGAUCGAUCCGUAUAAUGGUGUGCACAUUUGAUUACGUUCGGUUGUAGAGCUUAACACGGCUGAUUAACAGGAUAAAAGCCAAAGGGCCCCAUUGUUACUUGUAAAC